CGCGACGGCGACAGUACUGUGACGGGAUUGGAUCACCGCGAUCUUCAGUGCAGUCACGAGGGCGAUGAAACUAUAAGCAGCGAAGCACCUCUUCGUGUUUCUGUCCACCCGUGCUCAUUAAUUGACCGGGAUGAGCGAUGUUUCGGCAUGCUUUAGCUCAUGCACAAGCCAGGAGCCACCCCUUUCCUGGUCCAUCAGCCCAACGCCCGCUUCACCGCCUGGGCCGUGCCAUGCGCUGCCUAGAAUGAUUACGAGCAUCGUCAAAAUAGCCCUACUACACUACGUCUACACGACUACCAGUCAUUGUCUAGCCUACUCGACUACCAUCUCGACAACGCUCAACCCUUCCCAGCAAUCACCGUUACCACCAAGCUUCAACUCAACACAAUGGCCGCUACCAUCUACGACGAGUCCAACAUGGCAAACAACAACCUGCCUCCUUGCCCGGGACCACCACCAACCCGCCCUCUGCCUCCUGUUCCUUCCAAAUAAGCUCACAACCGGUUUAUCUCUGCACGUUUGUCCUUUCGACUUGCAAUCGGCUCUGGCGCCUUCUGUCGGUGUCCCUUCACACCUUAUCCGACUGUCAUUCCACUUCACCUUCACGAUCCACUCGACUCGAUUGCACAAUGCCAUACACUGGCGUGCAGCCGUCAUUCGAUCUGAUGUUAGACACCUGCAUCACAGCCUAGUCCGCUAUGGAAGCGCCCCGCGCCUCUAGCGUACCCAUCGCAUAUGGACCUUGCUGUCUUGCAAACGAGCCCCGUAUCCUACAAGCCUUCUUAAGGCAUAAGGAUCACAUGAAUACGCCUAUCGCCUGCAUAACUUAGCGCAUCAUCUACUAUGACUCAACGUCUCAACGUCAGGUCAUGACCUCUCAUGUUUUCCACACGCGCUGG